UGUCCAGUCUGUUCUGGCGAGGUCGGAAGUUCCGAAUGGCGGCGGGAGGUGACUGUAGCGGGCAGCAGGCGGCGUGCGGGUAUGACAGCUACCGCUCGCCGCUUGCUUCCCGCUACGCCAGCCCGGAGAUGUGCUUCUUGUUUAGCGACAAGUACAAAUUCCGGACCUGGCGGCAGCUCUGGCUGUGGCUGGCGGAGGCAGAACAGACACUCGGUUUGCCCAUCACAGAUGAACAGAUCCAGGAGAUGAAAUCAAACCUGGACAAUAUCGACUUCAAGAUGGCAGCCGAGGAAGAGAAACGAUUACGACACGAUGUGAUGGCUCACGUGCACACAUUCGGCCGUUGCUGUCCAAAAGCCGCUGGCAUUGUGCAUCUCGGGGCCACCUCCUGCUACGUCGGAGACAACACAGAUCUGAUUAUUCUUAGGAAUGCACUGGACCUGCUUUUGCCAAAGCUGGCCAGAGUGAUCUCUCGGCUGGCCGACUUCGCGAAGGAACGAGCUGGUCUUCCCACCUUAGGCUUCACACAUUUCCAGCCUGCUCAGCUGACUACAGUUGGGAAACGUUGCUGUCUUUGGAUUCAAGACCUCUGCAUGGACCUCCAGAGCUUGAAGCGUGUCCGAGAUGACCUGCGCUUCCGCGGGGUGAAAGGUACCACUGGUACUCAGGCCAGCUUCCUGCAGCUCUUCGAGGGAGACGACCAAAAGGUAGAGCAGCUUGACAAGAUGGUGACAGAAAAGGCGGGGUUUAAGAGGGCUUUCAUUAUCACAGGACAGACCUACACACGGAAAGUGGACAUCGAGGUGCUGUCUGUGCUGGCCAGCUUGGGGGCGUCAGUGCACAAGAUCUGCACUGACAUACGGCUGCUGGCAAACCUCAAGGAGAUGGAGGAGCCCUUUGAAAAACAGCAGAUCGGCUCCAGUGCGAUGCCGUACAAGCGGAACCCCAUGCGCUCCGAGCGCUGCUGCAGCCUUGCCCGUCACCUCAUGACCCUCGUCAUGGACCCCCUGCAGACGGCGUCUGUGCAGUGGUUUGAACGCACGCUGGAUGACAGUGCCAAUCGACGUAUUUGUUUGGCUGAAGCAUUUCUCACUGCAGAUACUAUAUUGAAUACGUUGCAGAACGUUUCUGAAGGAUUGGUGGUAUACCCCAAAGUAAUUGAGCGGCGCAUUCGGCAAGAACUGCCUUUCAUGGCCACGGAGAACAUCAUCAUGGCCAUGGUGAAAGCCGGGGGUAACCGCCAGGACUGCCAUGAAAAGAUCAGAGUGCUGUCCCAGCAGGCAGCUGCGGUGGUCAAGCAGGAAGGGGGUGACAAUGACCUCAUAGAGCGCAUCCUUGCCGAUGCCUACUUCAGUCCCAUUCACUCCCAGCUGGACCGCCUGCUGGACCCUUCUUCUUUCACCGGGCGCGCAUCCCAGCAGGUACGGAGAUUCUUAGAAGAGGAGGUGUAUCCCCUGUUAAAACCAUAUGAGCACGUCAUGAAGGUGAAAGCAGAAUUGUGUCUGUAGGGUUGGAAGAGAAGUAAACAAAGUCAUUGUUGGCUGUGUUCACGUUUAUUGCCGGGUCAUGCAAACUCACUCUAGUGUCUUAUUUCACCUCAGAAUUGUUACCUGGAGUUAAUGCAGCACUUUCCUCCUUUCCACACACACUCACAUUUCUCAGGGUUUGUAGUGGAGAAAUAAAUUGUGCUGUAGUUGGA